UCUUUUCCUCCCUGCCUCUCGUCUCUUCAUUCCUUUCCCUCGCUUCCCGUUUCAAUUCUCUCGCGACUCACUGAGUCACGCCCCAUUCCCAUGACUCGAUGAUGCAGCGACUCGUCGACCAUGCUCUCGCCAUCACAAAAGAGUCGGUGAAGGCAUUCACUUAUGAAUCUUUGAACAAUGUUGUGAGGCUGAUUAAUGGGGUGUCGGCCCUUCUUUUGGCUGUUUUGCCGGGGAAGACUACUAUUCUUGAAGGUAUCCAUGGCUGGGAGCUCCGGCCCACUUUUCGCGGACCUUGGUUUCCUCGUUGGAUGGAAAAUGGCUACUCUUCUUUCAACCAAUUCAUUCUUGAACUUUCUGAGGAUUCUGGCACUUCCUCAAGUGAGGAUUAUAUAUCUGGAGAAGAAGAUAACUUGUCUUCAUCUUCAUCCUUUUCCCAGACAAGCAGUUUUGCGACUCCAUUGUCUUCAUCUUCAUCCUUGUCCCGGACAAGCAGUUUUGCGACUCCAUUGUCUUCAUCUUCAUCCUUCUCCAGGACAAGCAGUUUUAUCAAGUAUGAUAGACAUCAAAUGCGCUGGAUCAAAUGCUUGCUUUCAUGGAUGUUGUGGCCCACAAUAUUCAUUCUGGGGAUUCCAUUUCGUAUUUGUUAUUUUGCUGGCUUUUGGAAAUUGGGUGCAGCCUCUGUCAGUUCAGAAGAUCACCAGUCUUCAUGUUUACCUUCUUCCAAUAAAUCAAACCUCAUAGAGGAUCACAUGGUUCCCUGUACCACUGACAGGAGACGUGGGGUUGUUGAGGAUCUUCAGCUAGCGAUUGAGAUCUUUAUAGAAGCUGUCUUUGACAUUGUUCACACGGGAGCACAUUACCUUCUUUCCCCAUCAGAAGCUUGCUGUAUGCUGUUUAGAUGGGUUUCCUCUCAUGGCAAUAAGAACAAGAAAGACAGUGAUGCAGAUGUAUCUGUUCUGAUGGCUACCCUUGGAGAUGUAGCCCCGAGUCCAAAAGAGAGGGAGAUGACCUUUCAUCACCGUUUGAAUACGGAUGAGCGGACAUGUCGGGAUGUCAUAACAGAACUUGGGUAUCCAUUUGAAGCUAUUCGAGUAGUUACUUCCGAUGGAUAUGUCCUUCAUCUUGAAAGAAUCCCAAGACGUGAUUCAAAGAAGGUUGUGUAUCUACAGCAUGGAAUAUUGGAUUCUUCCAUGGGUUGGGUUUCCAAUGGAGUUGUUGGCUCUCCAGCAUUUGCAGCCUUUGAUCAAGGUUAUGAUGUUUUCCUUGGGAACCUACGUGGGUUGGUUUCUAGGGAGCAUGUUGACGAGAACAUUUCCUCAUGGAACUACUGGAGAUACUCUAUCAAUGAGCACGGGACCCAGGACAUGCCUGCAGUGAUAGAGAAGAUUCAUCAAAUCAAAACCUCCGAGUUGAAGAGCAGCCAAUCUGAUCUCGACGAUGAAACUGAAGAGCAGCCCUAUAAGCUAUGUGCAAUAUGCCACAGCCUGGGAGGGGCUGUAAUGUUAAUGUACAUAAUAACACGCCGGCUUGAAAAUAAGCUGCACCGGCUGUCAAGGUUGAUCUUGUUAUCGCCUGCAGGCUUCCACGAGGACGGCACUUUAGCUUUUACAGUGGCAGAGUACGUGGUUCUUAUGAUGGCUCCUAUCCUGGUCCACCUCGUGCCCGCAAUAUAUAUACCAACCAGGUUCUUCCGGAUGCUUUUGAACAAGCUGGCAAGGGACUUCCACAACUACCCUGCCUUGGGAGGAUUGGUGCAGACCUUAAUGAGUUAUGCUGUUGGUGGGGACAGCUCGAACUGGGUCGGUGCGAUUGGGAUGCCCCACUAUAACAUGAACAACAUGCCUGGCAUAUCAUUUCGCGUCGCUCAUCACCUCAUGCAGAUGAAGCAUGCACGGAAGUUCAUAAUGUAUGAUUUUGGCAGCGCAACCGCCAACAUGGAAGCAUACGGAUCACCUGAUCCCUUGGACUUGGGCCAGCAUUAUGGGCUCAUUGAUGUGCCCGUUGAUCUGGUUGCAGGCCGGAAGGAUAGAGUGAUCCCACCGUCAAUGGUUAGGAAACAUUACGAAUUGAUGAAAAAUGAAGGCGUUGAGGCCUCAUACAAUGAAUAUGAAUACGCCCACUUGGAAUUCACAUUUUCACACAGGGAAGAGGUUUUGGCCUAUGUCAUGUCCCGCUUGCUGCUCGUCAUCCCACCGCUAAAGUGAUCACAGUCUGUUCAGACGGCGAUCAAGUUAAAGAAAACAGACAUCGAUGGAUUGACCAAACUCACCAGAAAUGCAUCAUUCCCAUCCAUAAGAGGGAACGAUACAGAGAAUGUCGGAUCAGAUACGACCGCAGCCUAGGUGCUGCAGGAGCCCGGCUGCUCGUUUUGUUGUAACACACUAUUGUAUAUGAAUAGAUCGCCGUAGUAUCUUUCGGCGUCAUUUGUAAUUUUCAAUUUUUUUGAGCAAUUGUAUCAUGUUUCCCUGUGAAUUUGAGUGGGCCAGAUUGAGAAGUGGCCCACCUCACAGCUUCUACUUUGUAAGAUUAUAGAUGGUAAUUUGUAUUGACAAACAUGUUCUGAAAAUCUUUCUGAU